UUGAUCCUGUCAUGGUAGAGAGUAUGCAUUUUAUAGGUGAAGAAACGAGCUCAGGGAGAUUCAAUGACUUGCCCAAGAUUACACAGCUCCAAACUCCUAUGCUCCAUUUCCCUUCGUUCCUCCUGCCCCUGGUUCCUCUUUUCCCACUGACCCCCAGAGCAGGCCAGCUCACAUAAAGCCAGGCAGGGCUUCAGGAGGGCAAAGCUCAACAUGCCCACCCCAGCACAGGCCUCUUGGUUGCUGCCGCUGCCGCUGCCGCCACUGCUACUGUUACUCACCCUUUCAGCUACAGGCUCAGACGCUGUACACUGCUUUACCCAGUAUGAGGAAUCCUCAGGCAAAUGCAAGGGCUCCCUGGGGAAUGGUGUCGGUGUGGAAGACUGCUGCCUUAACACUGCCUACGCCUUCCAGGAGCCCGGCAGCAAUCUCUGUCAGCCAUGCAGGUCCCCACAAUGGUCACCGUGGUCCAGGUGGAACCCCUGCUCAGUGACCUGCACUGAGGGCUCCCAGCUGCGGCACCGGCGCUGCAUAGGCUGGGGUGGAGAGUGCCCUGAGAAGGUGCAGCCUGGGACCCUCGAGUGGCAGCUGCAGGCCUGUGAGGACAAGCCAUGCUGUCCUGAGAUAGGUGGCUGGUCCAACUGGGGGCCCUGGAUGCCUUGCUCUGUCACCUGCUCCAAAGGGACCCGGACCCGUCAACGAACAUGUGAUCAACCCAUCCCCAAGUGUGGGGGCCAGUGCCCAGGAGAGGCACAGGAGUCAGAAGCCUGUGACACGAAGCAGGUCUGCCCCACACAUGGGGCCUGGGCUGCUUGGGGCCCCUGGGGCCCCUGCUCAGGCUCCUGCCAUGGUGGACCCAGCGCACCUGUGGAAAGACGAAGCCGCACGUGUUCUGCACCUGAGCCCUCCACAGAGCCUCCUGGGAAGCCAUGCCCAGGACUACCCUAUGAGCAGCGGGUCUGCAGUGGCCUGCCGCCCUGCCCAGUGGCUGGAGGCUGGGGACCCUGGGGCCCAGUGAGCCCCUGCCCAGUGACCUGUGGCCUAGGCCAGACCAUGGAACAACGGAAAUGUGAUCACCCUGUGCCCAAGCACGGGGGCCCCUUCUGUGCUGGUGAUCCCACCCGGACCUACAUCUGCAACACCGCCAUACCUUGCCCUGUGAAUGGAGAAUGGGGGCCGUGGGAGGAAUGGAGCAAGUGCGUCCGCCCGAAGAUGGAUCGCAUCAGCUGUAAGGAGAUCCCAGGCCAACAGUCACGCUCAAGGAGCUGCAAGGGCCGCAAGUUUAAUGGACUUCGAUGUGGCGGGGAUCAACAGGAUAUCCGGUACUGCUACAACAUGGAGAAAUGCUCGUGGAAAGGCUCGUGGUCAGAGUGGAGUACCUGGGGUCUGUGCACACCCCCAUGUGGACCCAACCCCACCCGCACCCGCCAGCGCCUCUGCAAGGCCCAUCUCCCCAAGUUCGCGCCCACUAUUACCACCGUUGAAGGUCAAGGUAAGAAGAACGUGACCUUCUGGGGGACACCAUCGCCAUUGUGCGAGAUGCUACAGGGGCCGAAGGAGGAGAAAAAGCCGUGUCUACACGUGCCUGCCUGCAAAGACCCUGAGAAUGAGAAUCUGUAACACCUCUUCCAUGCUGACACCCUGACUUCCCAGAUCUCAAUAAACCAGCCUCUUC